GGUCGCUUCGCGCUUGCGCGCGUAGUUCGCGCCACUGCUACGUCGCUUGGUAGCCAGAUGUUCUGAAAAGCUUCCUGUCGUCGUUUGAUACCUCUGCAUUUUUAACUUGUUAAAAUAUUGUAAAAUGUGGACUAGGGACCUUAUUUUAUAUCUUUUACUAGUGAUUUAUUAGAUGUGUAAAUUGAUUAUGUGUUUUUGUAAAGUGUGACAAUUAACUGAAAGUUAUCGGGCGUCUCGAUAUCCACGAGUUCACUCGAGAGACGAAACCAACAAAGCGGCGGACAUUUUAUUUUGAGUACUCGAUAAUGUAGCGUUUGCGUCGAAAACAUUAAAUGUCGUUUUAUGGUUCUGCAUUCGAAUAUCGUUCGCUUACACCUUUUCGAUGCCGAGGGGGGUGAAGCGAGGGCAGGCGGAGGGCGAAGCUGAGGUGGUGGUACGCGUCGGGGCGUCUCCGUCGCAGACCACGCUCCUGGACGACAGCCCGAGCCAGCCUAUCAGCUAUCACCUGCUAGAUCAUGGCUAUGGAGCCACGCCACAGCAUCAAAUACGGCGGGAGGCGCCCUCCGCACCGCCGAAGACUUCAGAAACGGUGAAACGGAGACUCAACCUUAGCGAAAGCAGUUCAGGAAGUCAGGGGCAUGUGGUGCCCAUGAAGGCGGACUUCAAGACACCCAAACAGAAACGAGUGAAGGUCCUCACGCCGUAUAGUCGCCCGUCCAGUUCUAUGAAAAAAUACACAGAACGCUCCAGGUUUGACACCUCAUUAGGUUUAUUAACAAAAAAGUUCGUAGCACUGCUCAAGUCAUCGCCUAACGGAGUUUUAGAUCUGAACGUUGCGGCGGAAUACCUCUCAGUACAAAAACGUCGUAUCUACGAUAUAACAAAUGUGCUCGAGGGCAUUGGGAUUUUAGAAAAAAGGUCGAAAAACAAUAUACAAUGGAAAUGCGGUAUAGGCGCAGAAGGGUUAGGCGAAGAAAACCGCGUGCGUCGUUUGCGACGGCAAGUGGAUGCUCUAGGUGUGAGAGAAGCUCGGGUGUGUCGGGCGUUGGCAGUGGCCGACCACGCACUCAACCGUCUAUCGGAGGAGCAUGGCCAAAGGGCGUAUAUAACGUACGCGGACCUCCGCUCUAUACGCGAGUUUAAGAACCAAACCGUCAUACCUAUAAAGGCACCGGCGGAUAGCAAGCUUAAUGUCCCUCAUCCGGAUGAGGAGAACGGCUACUCCAUCCACCUGAAGUCCUAUUCUGGGGAAAUAGAGGUGUACCUUUGUUCCAAGGAGCGGUCUUCAUCGUCAUCCCCGGUAAUACUACCAGCGGAUCCGUUACUGGAGGAUAACAAGGCGUUACUCGCGCCCCUCGUCGCCCAAAUGCAGGCGAUGCCUUCAAGCUCUAUUAGCGCUAGUUUUACAACUCCAAUUAAGCGUGAGCCGGACAGCGACGAUGAUCAGGCGAGCAUGUCCCGCAGCCUUCCCGUACAAUCGCCCUGCGUUACGGAUCCCACUCAGCCCUUGCAUUCGAGGGCGUUUACGACGACUGUCGAUGUGCCUGCCGAUCAUUCCGGAGCCCGAGGCAGACUGCGAAACGCCUUGAUCUCAGACAGCGACUUCGCCCCUAUGUUAGGUGGAGGACGGCAAUUGCUUCACAAUGAAGAAACGGAGCCGAUGGAGUUGGAGCCAUUCCUGGCCUUGGAGCCUCCGAUGUCGGCGACAGACUACGGCUUCUGUCUCGAUAACGACGAAGGUCUUUCGGAGCUGUUCGACUUUGAAUUCUAGGCCCUUUCGAAGACACAAUCCUCAAUCUAUCUUCGAGACCUGUCACUUUGCAGAAAUCACUUUCAGCUCUCGAAGCUGGAUUAUGAUUUGAGUCACGGAAUGAGCGGUGUUUGUGUCACGUGUAAAUAUUGAACUAUUUUUACCCGGAUCGACGAAAAAGUUUGUACUUUUUUACUAUAGUAAUUUACGGGAUAGUUGUGAACUCUUGGAGUAUCUCAAUCGGAAUCAACGAGUGUUUGCGGUUCGAAUGGGAAUGUAAACGCGCGGUCGUUUGACGCACAUUGAGCAAUAAUUUCGAGGCUAUUACGGACGAGGGGUCAAAGCCAAAUUGUCAAAAGAUGAAAUCAAUUUAUUCCAAGCAUUGAUAACACGAUUAAUGCCGAUUCUAGAUUCAACUUUCAUUUUUUUUUAAAUAUGUAAAUAAAAUUGUUUUUUUGUAAUGUUUAAGUUUGCUCUGUUAACACGCAGCUAUGUAUUCCAACAAUACGUAUAUUGGUGGAAUACAUUGCUGCGCUAAUAUUUAUCACGUCCGGCCUUUUCAUUUCUUAAAGUUCUCUAUAGCGAUAUCGCUUCGGCAUUCAAUAUAUAGUUACCCGAUUUUGAUAUUUUUUGUAGAUCAAAAUUUUCAAAAUCUACAUAUUGAAGUCGCUAUUGGGAGUUAUAGAGUACCGCCGCAGGUCAAUUGUCCGUGUUAGUUAAUGCCACAAGCGUGUAUGUUCCCUUCCGCGGCCGCACUGUACAUAGUCUCGCUCAAAUCGGCCGCGGCUUGUACAUAUAAAGUAAUGAACGGUGAUAUCUUAGCGGCCUUCGAAUUUUACUUGUAAAGCUAGAAUAGGAACCCGUCAAUGCUACGUUUGUUUGCACGAUGUGGGACGCACCUGUUGCACGUAUACGCACCAGACAUGUUUAUAUCAUUUCAUUAUAGAAUCUAUCUUCGACUGACUUACAGAAUACACGGGUAAGAUGUGAGUUGGGAAUUACGUAUGUCAAAAUCUAAGGGUCAUAGCCAAGUUAGACUCCGGUAUGUAAUGUGUGGGAGUCAUACUUUGGACUAAGUUUUGAUUCUGAAUCUCGCCCUUAGUCGUAAUAUGUGUAAGUAUUUAUUGUUUUUUUUUUGAUAUUCAAAAGUAGGCUAGAAGAUAAAGUACCUCUUUGUGUAAAGGGUCUAUUUUGGUAUGACAUGUAAAUAUUACUUGUGGGGUCGUUAAGUUUGAAUAUAUAUUGAGGCCAAUAAAAAUAAAAAAGUAUUCGUAAUCUCGCAGCAGGUGCGUCUCACUUCAAAAUAUAAGCCACACGCGACUUGUUUGCCAAAUAUUUAGUUAACAUUUCGGUUACGUUAAGCUUCACGUUUAGUUGUCACUGUAAAUACGGGCGGGGCGGGGUCGUCGCAUAGUUUAUUAUUUGAAGUAUCAUUUGUAUAGUACAAAAUGUAAAAAACUGAAACCGUCUCGUAAUGUAAGUACAUUCGACAUUUGCGGAUAUAAGGUUUCUUUUGUCUAUUGGUUUGUGAGGGAUGCAACAAAAAGCAAAAGCGAAAUAGGCUUUAAAUUAAUGUAUGUAGUAAUAGUUGAAUAUAGUAGUUAUAUUUCCUUCAUUAGCAAAAUCAGUGCAUCGAUAAAGCGUCAAGGCACUGAAGCAAGUAUAAUCACUAAAGCAGAUAGACAAACAUACAAUGAUGUUUUUGAUGAUAUUUUGGCUUGAAAUGUUCCGGACUUAUAUUCGCAACGUCGUUGGCGUGCGACGCCCUCACUCCGAUUAGUGUACAGCACAAAAUUGUAAAAAAAACUAUAAAUAAGUGCAUAUCAAAAUAAACUAUUUUAGCGGUAAAUGCACGUGCGUAUGUUGAAUGGGUGAAGGCGCUCAUGGGACCUGUGCCGCUACUCUUGGAACUUCCAAUAGCGGCCCCAAGUUUGCUUGAAAUGAUGUCACUGCAAUGAGGAUAGCAUACGUUAUUUCUGUUGGGAUUUACAGAGUAGCGGCGCUGCUGGUGUUUGAACAUAACUUUUAGGUGUCUCUAAGCUCGCUAUGUUGAGCCAAAAACUCCAAAUUGUGGUAUUACACAAAUUCUGAUGUACAAAUACUAUUAAAAAAUUUCGUAGACAUAAAAAAAUCAGACCGGUCUUUAUUUGUCAUUAAAACUUUUUUUUAAGUUAGGGUUAGUAACACCCGAAUAAUAAUUUGCGUUAAAAAUAAGAAUUUUGAGAGAACAUCAGAGUUGCUUUCAUUAAAAAAAACUGAGAAGUGUUGGCUUUGCAUAGCAAUCUUUGAUGAUGAAAAAGGUUGUUUUAUAUUCCCUUCAGAGGACUAAAUGUUACUAGGCCUUAAGUUGACGUCGAAAGCGAUAUUGGAGAUCGUAUUACGCGAUUAUAUAUUUGUAAGGACAAGAAAAUUCGCUUCGGAGUCAACGAUAAGUCUGCAAGAGAUGUUAGAUUUUGUUGCGAUGUUACGUUUUGGUUCGGAGUCCCGCCAGACACUUUGUUAAAUCAUUUGUCUUCAUAUCUAAUUAAAUAAGUAAUGAAUUUCCACUAUUGUAUAUUUCUCUUUAAUUAGUUUAAAAUUCAUUAAUUUUAUUUAUGAGACCUUCGAAUUGUAAUAGCAAAGAUUUCGUUUAGAUUUUAUUGUUGUUUUAAAAUUUUAAGUGAUCGAGUAAUGGAGGUCACGUAUGCGAUUUAUUAUACUUUUAAUUUUGUUGAGGAGUUGGGAGAUAUUAUUUUAUUGUAGGAUUUUUGCAAAUCGUUUGUGACACACAUUCAGGGGCCAACGAUACGAAAAAGGAAGUACAAAUUUAUUUUUUUUUUGUAUUCUAAUACUAUCUUCUAAUUGGUA